CCGCCCGCUGCCACCGAGGGCGUGGUGCGCGGAGCCGGGCUGCCUCCCGGAGGCCGCGCCUGCCAUUGGCUUUCUCCUACAGCGGGAGGCUGGGCUAGGCAAGCCGGGAGGGGUGGGGGGCAGGGAAAGUUGCUGCCUGCGCCAUGCAGUUCCCACUCGGCCCGGGAGUUUGCGCGGGACUGGCGGAGCUGAAGCCCAGGCGCGAAACAGGGUGGCAAGACGUGAAAGAGAACUGCUCCAUUCCUAGGGCUGUUCCUACUUUUCCAAGUCCGCUGUGGCGUCUCAGCCUGGUUGCACGCGCGGAGACACUCGCACCUUCUCUCCAGGCUUCCUUUCUUUGCCUUUCUGCUUGACCCAAGAAGAUUGCUUUCGGAGGACUGGAACCAAAGAUCCUUUUGAGACGGAGACAGCACAGGGAGCACCGCAGGAGAACAGUCCCUGACAAGAGGUGGUGAUGCUGGGGUGCUCUCUUUGGGGCUGUGCAUCCCCUGCGCUAAGUGGGGAGAGGCGAGGAGCUGGGGGGCUGGAGCUGUUACUCCUGCUGGUCCUUUCAGGCUGGGUUUGGGCACAGCAGCCACAACCGCAAAUUCUCCCUUGCCCUGCGCUAUGUGAGUGCUUCGAGACAGACCGAACAGUGAAGUGCAUCAACGACAACUUGACGGAGGUGCCAUCUGAGCUGCCGCCUUUCGUGCAGGGACUCUUCCUCACCCAUAACAGCAUCAGCAACCUCUCUUCUGCCUCCUUCCUCUCCGCCUCCCUCUCGGAGCUCACCCUCCUCGACCUGAGGGGUAACCAGCUGGGCUGGGUGGGCGCGGAGACUUUUGCUGAGCUGCCCCACCUAAAGCAGUUGGACCUCAGCGACAAUUUGCUCACUUGGCUCAGCCCCAUGGCCCUGGGCAAUACCAGCAGCCCCUUGGAAGAACUGUACCUGAGUAGUUCCCUCUACAACAACAGUUUUGUGGUCCUUGUGGCUGAGCUGCUCCAGACGGGCACACUUCUCAACUUGAAGCACUUGGACCUGUCUGAUAACAAUUUGAUUUAUCUGCCGGCCAGGAUGUUCUCCGCACUGCCCAGUCUGGAGCACCUAGACGUGCGUAAUAACUCCCUGGUGAGUUUACGUAACGUGUUUCUGGGGAGCCUCCAACAGCUGCGCACCUUCGAUCUCGGCAGCAACGGUUUCAAGACCCUGAGGAACGACACCCUCCAGCAGCUCCAGGGCCUCCCUUUGCUGUCCCUCAAUCUCAGCGACAACCCCUGGGUUUGCGACUGCCACAUUGAGGACUUGGUGAACUGGCUGAAGGAGAGCAAGCAGGUCGAGGCUAAAGGGUCCCUCGAGUGCUCCUCUCCCCAGGAGUUGCAAGGACGCUCUUUGGUGAGCAUCAAUGUGUCCAAACUCGACUGCCCCCUUGUGAUCGAUGACCAGACCCCACUGCAGACUUCAUAUGUCUUCCUUGGGAUAGUCUUGGCUCUCAUUGGUGCCAUUUUCCUCCUGGUUUUAUAUUUGAACCGAAAGGGGAUCAAAAAGUGGAUGUAUAACAUCAGGGAUGCCUGUAGAGACCACAUGGAGGGCUAUCACUACAGUGAUUGAAUGAAUUCAACCAACAAAGAAAACAUCUCUGUGGGAGUAAAGAGAAUAAGGCUUGGUUCAAGAGAGUUUGUAAUUCCAACUUCCAUAUUUCACUCUUUAUGUACUGCAAAAGCAAGGUGGAACUUAUGUCCUUGGCAUGAAGUGGACAACAACCUGCUUGACUGAAACAGGGUCCUGUCAUUCUCAUGGACUCCCUUGUGCCUGCUGUGUGAUAGAUGAAAAACCCUACGGAUGGUUGUUUUUUUGGAAAUAUCUGUAACAUGGGCACUUGUGCAUUUUCCCCUCUUCACAUCUUAAAGUUGCACUGUAACUGCAAUUACAUACAGGGGAAAAAAUGGAAGUAAUUUUGCUUUAGGGAGAGUUUUAAAAAUGGGCUUUAUUUGGCUGACUGUGAAGAGAGUUCGAGAAAGAUUUUGAUUCUCUUUCAAUUCUCUUAACAUGGGGGAAGCAACCUGAUAUUCUCAAGAUAUAUUUGACAAUUCCUACAUUCCAGAGUGGAUGGGAGUUGAAGUUGAAAACAUCUAGAAAACACCAAGUUGCCUAUGGUUACUCUUAACAUUGGCAACUGUGAUGUGUGCAGUCUUCAAGCAAGCAGGCAACAUAGACUCAGGGAUAGAAGUAUUUGAGAAGCACCAUGGUUAUAUAUG